AUGGAACGUGUACUCGCCAAGCGACUCCGAGAAUACUUUCCGAACAAUCUUCUGUGCCCGGAGCAGCGAUCUUACGUCUCGAAUUUGCUACUUAUUGGGGAGCAAUGGGCGUCUGCCAAGACCGCUGGCCACGAAAUAGACGUUAUCUUCACUGACUUCAGCAAGGCAUUCGACAAGCUGCCACACGGACGGCUUUUGGAGAAGCUGAUGGCUCACGGUGUUGCAGACCUACUACUACCCUGGAUUGAGGAUUUCCUCGUCAGGCGGGCGUUUACUGUCAGAGUUGCCCAGACCGAGUCGCGUCGCUAUCCUGUUACCGGUGGAGUGCCACAAGAUUCUGUCCUGGGACCUGUACUGUUCCUUCUCUUCGUGAAUGACCUGCCCUCGCAGGUAAACUCAUAUUGCCUGCUCUACGCGGAUGAUGUGAAACUGUGGAGAGUCAUCAGAACACCAGAGGACCAUCAUGCCCUCCAAGAGGAUUUGGACAAGUCACACUACUGGGCUGAUGUCUGGGAACUUCUAGUGAAUUCAUCGAAAUGCGCACAUGUGCGCCUGGAACGGGAGACACCGGUCAUUCCUUAUCUGAUGGAAACUGUUCCACUGCGUUCGACGGCUGCCGAUCGGGAUUUGAGAGUCAUCACUUCAUCCAUGAAGACCAAGAUGAACACCGUGCGAGCAUGUCCUGCGGCAAGGAGCAUGCUAGGUGCAAUCCGUCGGUCGUUUGACGGCCUGUCGUUCACGGCCUUCAAGCAGCUGUUCGCCCCCGGCUUGAAUACGACUGCAUCUCAUCCCUACGCGUUUACCACUUUCGUAUUCAUCUCCAUCAAAGUGUACGCCUCAUUCGUCAAGUGGAACAGCGCAUACUUUAACAAUCGUUUAUUUCCAACUCAUCCACUCUAA